AUGUUGUUAGCACCCGUGUUCGACGUUUUCCGCAAACCCAGACUCGACGAAAGCAUCACUAAAGUGGAAUGGCGUACCUAUUAUCCAUAUGUGAAAUCAUUCGAGAACAAUGAUGUCAUCGAUAUAACGGUUAAUCAAGCAGAUUCGUGGUUGGCCAUGUUUGAAGGCAUCAUUACCAUCAAGGGUAAAUUGAAGGUGACCGGUGGUGGUACUGGUACAUUAACCCACAAUGCUGGAGCUUAUCUCUUUGAUUCCUGCACCUAUGAAUUAUGUAAUGAAGAAUUGGACACUGUCAGAUAUACUGGAAUAACGAGUACUAUGCGAGGAUACUUGUGUUAUACGCCUGAAGACUCACGUCAUCUAGCAAUAGCAGGCUGGAACUAUCCCAAUGCUCCGAUCCUCAACACCGAUGUGGCAACGUGGGGCAAGCAGUCAAUCCGUUUAGUGAGAGCUCGCAAUGAUGCCAAUAGUGUGAAGGUUGUCGAGAGAGCGAAUACUGCUUUGCAAGGAUCUCCUCAGACUCAGAGUAUUGCUAAAAUAACGAUAGAAAGCAUCAAUUUGAAAGUGCCACAUCUCACACCCAACGAUGACAUAAAGUUGCAGUUGUUGACACGUAUCAAAGCAGAUGAGCCUAUGAUGAUACCGUUUCGCCGAUGGGAAUUGCACGAGCUAACAGCACUCACACAAGGAUCUACCAUAGAAAUCUGGUCCGUAAAGACAUGUUCUGCAUUGGACAACGUCACCUUGUUCGAUAAUGCCAACAUCAAAUCCAUACGAUUUGUUCUGAAUAGCGACUAUUAUCCGCAAGAACGAAUGCUAUUGGACUUUUCCCGAGACCAAUAUGCCGACGCCCACUUCAACUAUACAGAGUUCAACAAGAGCUACCAUAACUGUCAAGAAAAGCGCUCUCUAGUAAACUUUGCCGAAUUCAAAUCCCGACCAAUGUUUGUUAUCGAUUGCUCGAGGCGCCAUCUAGGCAUGAAGUCGUCUACAGUUGACAUAAAGUUGGACAUUGAAGCGACUACAGGCUUCCCUCCCGACACCAAAGCCUAUUGCAUCAUCAUUCACGAUCAAAUCAUGGAACAUCUCCCACUCAGCGAAAUUGUUCGAAAUAUUGCCUAG